ACCACUACUUGCUCAACAGCUGAUUUCGCAAUCACUGGAACAGAAAUUUGACAGCCAGAGUGGUGCAGUGUUUUGAUUCAACAUUCAAGAAAUGUUAAGUUCGUUUCUUCUUGUCGUGUAGUGUGUUUUAUCUAGUUGACAGUGUUUUAUAAACUAAUAAUAACCAUAUAUAUAUCUUAAUUAUCGUGACAAAUAAUCUUAUUGUGAAUAAUUUGACCGCUCACAUUACUUUUUCUUUGACAAAGUUAUUUUUGUAAAUUCGUAAAAGUUCUUACAAAAAGUAGGUUAAAUGGUGAAAACCCUGGAAGGAUAAUAAUUUUAUAGUGUAAGAGAGAGUUAGCCUCUCGUACUUCUUGUACUACUCGUUUUUGCUUCACAUUGUAAGAAGAUGGAAUCAUUCAUUUUGAAUAAUAACAGGAAGGGGUCGGUGAAGGUGAACAUCCAGCCAUGCCAGCAGGCGCGCACCCUCACCCAUCUGCCCAAGCGGCCGCCCGUCGAUAUCGUCUUCGAGGACCUCACCUACUCCGUCUCCGAGGGCAGGAAGAACAAAACAAAGAAGAUCUUGAAAUCUGUAAGCGGCAGACUUUACUCUGGCGAACUUACUGCCAUUAUGGGGCCCUCAGGGGCCGGAAAGUCAACUUUGCUCAACAUUUUGACUGGUUACAAGACUUCGGGAAUGAAGGGUUCAAUCAGAAUCAACGGAGAAGAAAGAAAUUUGAGCCAAUUUGCAAAAUUGUCGGCCUACAUCAUGCAAGACAACCAACUUCACGGCAACCUCUAUGUUGAAGAAGCAAUGCAUGUCGCCGCCAAUCUCAAAUUGGGCAACGAACAUAGCAAAGAGGAAAAAUUGGAUGUGAUCCAGGAAAUUCUGGAAACAUUGGGACUACAAGAACACAGGCGCACCCUCACAUGCAACCUGUCUGGUGGACAAAAGAAGCGUCUCUCAAUUGCUCUCGAAUUGGUCAACAAUCCUCCAAUCAUGUUCUUCGACGAACCAACUAGUGGUCUGGACAGUUCAUCGUGCUUCCAGUGUGUGGCUCUGCUGAAGUCGCUGUCGAGCGAAGGUCGCACGAUAAUCUGCACGAUCCACCAGCCGAGCGCCCGCCUCUUCGAGAUGUUCGACCACCUGUACACGCUGGCCGACGGCCAAUGCGUCUAUCAGGGCUCCACCGCCCAGCUGGUGCCCUGGCUCAAGACGCUCAACCUCGUCUGUCCCAGCUACCACAACCCAGCUUCCUUCAUUAUUGAAGUAUCUUGCGGUGAACACGGCGAAAAUGUUCGUAAACUGAUGGCAGCAAUCAACAAUGGCAAAAAUGACAUCAGAACUGGCAAGCCGUUCCCGAAAGUAGAUUUGAUGGCUCUGAACAACUCCAACAUGGAGAAACAGUCCAACCUGAGUCAGGAAACUGACAAUCUGCUGGCCAACGGAGAUGCCACUUCCGACUCCAACCAGCCUCUUUCUGAGGAAAGCAACUGCACCAAUAACAUGCUGCUAGCUUAUGCUACCAAUGACAUUGCCAAGGAUUCUCAAUCUCAUUCUGAUGGGAAAGGAGGAGUUGUGAUUCCAGUGGAUUUGGGUGACAGCGAGAAGGGCAAGUGUGACAAUGUUUCCACGAGUUUGUUGGAAACGUCACUUCCAUUGUCCCAAAAGAGAUACGGCACAUCGGAAUUCAAUCAGUUCUGGAUCGUUUUGAAGAGAACUUUGCUCUUCUCACGCAGAGACUGGACACUUAUGUACUUGAGGUUGUUUGCUCACAUUCUGGUUGGCUUUUUGAUUGGCGCUCUCUACUACGACAUUGGAAAUGACGGAGCCAAAGUGCUCAGUAACCUUGGAUUCUUGUUCUUCAACAUGCUCUUCCUUAUGUACACAUCGAUGACCAUCACUAUUCUCUCCUUUCCUCUUGAGAUGCCUGUGCUGAUAAAAGAAAACUUUAAUAGAUGGUACUCGCUACGAUCCUACUAUCUCGCCAUAACUGUUUCUGACAUACCAUUCCAGGCUGUAUUCUGCGUACUGUAUGUGUCAAUUGUGUACUACUUGACAUCGCAGCCGCAAGACCUAUCUCGUUUUGGAAUGUUCUUGGGAGCUUGUCUGCUCAUCUCGUUUGUCGCGCAGAGUGUUGGACUGGUCGUGGGAGCCGCUAUGAAUGUUCAGAACGGUGUAUUUUUGGCUCCUGUGAUGUCGGUGCCCUUCCUACUCUUCUCCGGAUUCUUUGUGAGUUUCGACGCUAUACCGGUCUAUUUGAGAUGGAUAACAUAUCUCAGUUACAUCAGAUACGGAUUCGAGGGAACUGCACUUGCUACCUACAGUUUCAACCGAACAAAUCUUAAAUGUUUCCAGGUAUACUGCCACUUCAAGGACCCCAACACCACACUGGAAGAGCUCGACAUGAAAUCUGCCAGCUUCGAACUAGACAUCAUUGCUUUAAUUGUAAUAUUCUUUUUCUUGAGAAUCUCAGCAUACUUAUUCCUUAGGUGGAAACUGAUGUCGUCUCGUUAAUUUCAUUCCAAUAUAGCAUUAGACUAAAUAAUAUUUUUACUGGAAUCCAGUGCCUUAAUGCUCAUUUUUAAAAUCAAGAAAUAAAGCCAAAUGAAAUAGAAUCUUCUCUUGAACGAGAUAUGAGAAUCGUGGCAAUUUUUAAAGAAUGUUUAAUCCAUUAUGCAAACUAAUAAUUGAUGACAAAUAUAUGAAUAAGUUGAAACAAAUAUUCAUCAAAUAAUAUAUGUAAUCAACAUAUAGUCAGUUCCACUAAAUAAAUAUUCAACUUUUUUCAGUUGAAUAUGUAGUUUCAGCAUGAUGAUUAGUAAUAAUAUUGAUAUUUGUAUUUUAUUCCAAUUCAAUUCUACUUUUCUAUUCACAAUGUGUACAUAAGCAUAUAUCUUACAUUUGGGUGUCUGAUUUAGUUAUAUACUAUUUUUAUAUAAUGUAUUUACACACUUGGUAGAUUUACUCUCUUGAAACUCAUUGAUUUAUUCACUGUAUUUCCUAGAAAUUGCUGCAAGAUACGCCUAUACAGCUCCCACAUUUAUUUUGUUAGUGAUACACUUUUAAUUCAUCAAUUAUAUGAAUAGUUUGAAAUAUAGAAACAAAAAUACCUAUAUGGUAUUGAAGUGAAUAAAUAAUUUAUUUACUAUUAAAUUUUUAAAAUUCAGUUCUUUUUUUCAAUUUUUAUGGUACAAUACCUUAGCAUUGCAACGAGUUCGCUCCUCAAUUCAUGUGAUAACUGAAUUUUCAACUAAAUCUAAAAUUUAUAUUUUAAAUGAAAUCUUAUCAUAAAUAAUUACAUUUAUGGAACUAUAGAAUUCUACUAGGAUUACUUCCCAAAGAAUACAUAAAAAAUAAUUAGAUGCAUAUAUCAAUAUUGAAUAAAACCUGUUUCAAAUAUAUAUGUAGGCUACUGACAGUGCAACUUAACUCAAAAAUAAAUUUUAUCAUUUGAUAAAAUUUUAUAUCAAUAAUUCAAAAUUUUAUAUCAAUAAUUCACUAAUAUAUUGUGUGAAAACUGUGUUCAAUUGUAUUUUCUACGGAAGAGCUCUAUUUUUCUACAUAAAUAACAAUGUGCAAUAUUAUUAUUUGAAUUGUUACAAUUGACAUCACAUUAAAAUAAUCAAUCAAAUAUUGCAUAAUAUUAGGUAGGUUGCUGUGGUGUUCUCUACAUUACCUUGCGUGUACUAAAGACUAGUAAAUGUUUAUUCAUAGGUUAGGUAUAAAACUAUUUUGAAAUGUUUUACAUUUAUACAAAACUUUAUUUAGUUAUGAUUAUAUUACUUUUAAAUAGACCUACAUUUUAUGUAA